UCAUAAAAAAAAAGCUAUAUUUCUCAACUGCCAUUGCGCAGCAACAUGUGCUUCGUCUUUAGGCGGAGCCAGAUACAGUAGCUUGUACGAUAUCACCUUUCCGGAUACGGUGGCCUAUAAGUCAAACCAAGAGGGUGUGUUUGAACAGGUGUGAGAUGUCUCCGAUCAAGGACUUCCAAAUAACUUGUGAAGCCCUUAACGAAGCCGGCACUUUUUCUGCAGGAGAUACUGUCAUAGGUGAAGUAACUUUCUAUCUGACUAAAGACACCCAUGUGAAAAGCCUUCUUGUAAAAGCCAAAGGAGAGGCGCAUGUUUAUUGGACGGAAGGAAGCGGAGACGAUUCGAAGUCGUACUCUGCGCACAAGAGAUACUUUAAAGACAAAAAAUACUUGGUGGGAGAAAAUGCCAAAGACAAUAAACUUCACAGAGGGUUGCAUAAUUUUAAGUUCAGGCUUACAAUACCCCAUGGGAACAUGCCACCAUCCUUUAAAGGAAAUCAUGGAUAUAUUGUCUACAAGGUGGAAGCAAAGCUAUCCAGGAGCUUUCGGAUGUCAUCGACAGCACAGAAAGAGUUAGAUUUUGUGUCAAAAUCCUCACCAUGCACUAGUCAAUGCCCCCAGUCUGGUUCUGUGAAGAAAGAAAUGGGUGGUUUCUCCAGAGGAGAAGUCCAAAUGUCUGCUACUGUUGACAGACAAUAUUUCUCUCCAGGUGACAAUUUAUCUGUUGUUGCCAAAAUCUGCAACUCCUCCUCCAAAAAGAUGAGGCCAAAAUUCAAAUUGCUGCAGAAAACAACCUACCAUGCUGGUUCUUCUUCUAAUACUAGCUACACGACCUUGUUUAAAAUGGUUGGGGACACUAUCCAAGCAAACUCUGAGGAAACAGCCUCCUGCAAAGUGACGAUUCCUCUUGACGCCAUGUACACUCUCAGUAACUGUGAAAUCAUCUCAGUUGAAUAUCACAUCAAGGUGUAUUUGGAUAUUAGUUUUGCCAUUGACCCAGAGGUGGUGUUUCCACUGGUUAUUGGUCCAUAUAGCUCUGGAGCUUGUGACGAUAUGGGGCCUUAUCAAGCUGGCAUGUUUGGGGCCCCAAGUUACAGUGACUUCCCUACCUCCACCUUUACUGGAUUUAGUCCUGUACCCAUUGGUUCAGGCUACCAUGCACUGGAUCCCACUCAGCAAGGAUACACACCAAGUGGUUAUAACAACCAGUGGACACAAAAUACCAUUCCAUACGGGUUUUCAGCGACUCCUUUUAUGCCACCAUCAGUGCAUCCUCCGGCCACUGAGCAGCCCCCAUCAUAUAUGUACCUUCACCCCAAUGCUGACAAGAAUGGCUAAAAAACCUAAAGUUCAAACAUAAUUCUACAAAUACUCACUAAAUAAUAUAUUCAUUACAUAGUCUAGUGGUGAAACAUACAAGAAACCAUGUUUUUGUGCUUUAACACAAAGUUAUAGCUGAAGAAAAGUUAAAACCAAUAAACCCCCCCCCCCCACACACACACACACACACCCCUUGCAUUUUAUUGCAUUCUUGUGGUUCACCAGGAUAAAGACACAACAUCAUGUACCCAGACAGGACCCCCCAAAGUUAGUUCAUUCCUCUUGGUGAUGAGUGGGGCUUUCCUAUUCAACUGGUUGCACUGUUUUCGUCUUAUAACAGAUUUAUGUGCUUUAAAACUCAUUAGUAGUCCAUGGAGUUGUACCACAGUUGUUCUUGCCUGGCAAAGUUGUAAACAAGGAUUUUGUAUGAGCUGUGUUUACAGAAGUUGAAAAAGGGAACCAUCCUCAGUGUAACAAUUCUAAUUCAAAUAUGACAAACAGGAAGAUAGUAAAUAUCAAGUAUAUGGAUGAGUAAUUAGUAGGGUUUUUUUUGUGAGUGUGUGUGUGUGUGUGUUUUUCUUUCUUUUUUUUAAGCUCAAUAACAUGGUUGAUUCAUUUUAUUGAAUUUAGUUGCAGGUUGUUUUUGGUUGGCUUUUGUUCUGUAUCUUAUUGCUCUGAGCUCAUCCCUGAUGUCAGGACUGUAAUAGAAACACACUUAUCGAUGUUGCUGCCCAUGGCCCAGUGUGUUUAAAUUAGCCUGCAUGCUGGCACAAACCAGGUGCUUGAAGAGAUUGGAAGAUUAGGAAGGUGUGGGAUUAUGUUCAUUGGUAUUGUUUAACGUGUGAUUAAAGAGUCAGGGUGAUAAAUAAAUUCACCCUGAAUUCCUACUUUGACAGAUAAAAUCUUCUGGGAAAAUGUUUUAUUUACAGCCGUGAUUGUAGACUUUCUUUUUAAUUGUUGUCAAUUUCUUCAUAUAGCUUCCUGGAUGGUUCAUAGUUUCUGUGAAACCAAUUCUGCUGGUUUAAUACUUUAAAUUGUGUGUAAAAUGUGAAAUCAGUAAAAUAUAGCUUUGCCAGCUAUUCUCUGCUUCUCCUCUUGGUUGUAAAUCAUGAAGUAGAUACACUACAUAAACCAAAUGAGUACAGCAUAAAUGUGGCACAUGUUGAU